CAUAGUGAUUGACAAUUUAACCGUUGACAGUUCGUUUUUGUGCGUCUACUAUUGCAUGACAUUUUGUGAUAAUAAAUUGAAUUUAUUUUUAUUUUAAUUAAAAUAUACAACGAUUGCCGCUAUGAAAUAUAUAUCUGUUAGUUUAAUACUAUCUUUAAUUUUUGCUGUUUAUGUUAUAAAUACUAUAUGGACACUAGCCGAGAUAUUUAUACCGCCAGAAUGUAGUCGUGGCGAGAGAUGUUUUUCAUCUUAUUUAUCUUCAAACCCCGUACAGCAUCUUGUUCUUUACACUUCUGUUAAAGAACAUCCGUAUUUAAACGGGCAUUCAGGAGAAACUGUCUCAAAAGUCCAUACUUCUCUCAAGUUUGACUAUCGAAAUCCGGCAACUAUUGACAUAAAAUUAAAAGUACCAAGAAAAACGCGUAACAAUGGUACGUUAUUUAUGCAUGCUGUCUUGCUGGAUGAGAGCCGAUUAUACAAGGGUUUUGAUGAGAUCAUUCGUACGGAGUCCAUACACACUCUACCAUUGGUCACACACACAGAGCCUCAGGCUGCAACAUUUAAUCUUCUUCAGAACAAUAAUGAAGUUAAAAAGGAAACUAAAGAGAAGAAUGUGCGGCCCUACUCUCACAUCACAACUGUGGCACCCCUGUCCAUACUCACAGAUGACUUGAACCUACCUAGUAAUAAAAUACCUGGUGAAUUAUAUCCGUACAUUAGGGUACGAAGUGGCAAAUUCCUGCCGAUACUUCAGCACAAUGUAUUGAAGUCUAGACUGUCACACUACCAACUGCUGAACACAAGUUCCACGGAAGUUAACAUAACGGUGAGCGUGGCUCCCACGUCGUACGGGUCGCUGCGCCUGGCGCUGCACGUCCGCCUCGCGCUAGAACAACUCUUCUCACUUGGCUUCAGUGAGAAAGAUGUCGAUGAUGUGAAAGGAAUAUUUGCUGACACGAAUUUGUAUUUGCUGUCGGCUACUGUUUUAAUCGCGAGCUGUCAUUUGUUAUUCGACUUCCUAGCUUUUAAGAAUGACGUGUCGUUCUGGCGCCGCAAGAGGUCGCUGGCGGGCUUGUCUGCGCGGACUGUGUUCUGGCGUGCCUUCUCACAGAUGGUCAUAUUCUUCUACUUGUUAGAUGAACAGACUUCUUUAUUGGUACUCGUGCCGGCUGGGAUCAGUGCUAUAAUUGAGUUAUGGAAGGUAACGAAGGUCCUGCACGUGCGCGUGUCGCUGUCGGGCGGGCCGCGCGUGUGGCGCGAGCGCGCGGCGGACGCGGGCGAGGCGCGCACGGCCCGCGCCGACGCCGAGGCCAUGCGCUAUCUGUGUCUGCUGCUGUACCCGCUCUGCGCCGCCGGAGCUGGGUACUCGCUCGUCUAUGAACCGCAUAAAAGUUGGUACUCGUGGGCGCUGCACAGCAUAGUGAACGGCGUGUACGCGUUCGGCUUCCUGUUCAUGUUGCCGCAGCUGUUCGUGAACUACCGCCUGCGGUCCGUGGCCGCGCUCCCGUGGCGCGCCUUCAUGUACAAAGCCUUCAACACCUUCAUCGACGACGUGUUCGCCUUCGUCAUCACCAUGCCCACCGCGCACAGGGUCGCCUGCUUCAGAGAUGAUCUCGUCUUCUUAGUGUAUUUGUACCAAAGAUGGUUGUACCCAGUCGAUAGCUCUCGCACGGACACUGCCUCCAGCAUGGACGAGAACCCCGAAGAACUAGAGCCUGUCAAGCAGAAGGACGACUAGUUACAGAGGUAUCCUCACAAUACUGCCCCGAGGCUCUGUAUGGUGCUACAGCUGCAAACGACUGGUCUUCCAAAGACAUCUGCUUUGAUCUACAAUGCUAGAAUAAUUUAAGAAACGUCCCGUUAAUACCUUAAAUGCAACUUAAUUUUAAGACGGUCUAAGUCAUUUUGAACGUUAGAAAGCAUAAUAUUUGUCGGUCAACGGUGACCGACGUGAUGUUAGCCGAGAGGACUAGAAUAAGAGAUUUAAUAGCGACUUAAAUUAAGUUGCAUUUUAGUGUUCGGCAAUAAUCUAUUUAUUUUUAUCGCAUUUUGAUAUUAAUUUAUAUUGAAAGCUAUGGAGUCUUCGUUCCGUUGUGCACAUUUUAUCGAGAUUUCAUUUGGACUGCUAACUUGACAUAGAUGAAUAUAAGUUUUACGUGAGGCUUUUUUCAUCAAAAUUACUGCGGGCUUCCGAAAUGGAGGCAUUCGUGUAGCUCUAAAUCAUCACGUUAUAGAGAUACAGAUUGGAACGUAGUCCGCUCCAUUAUUACCUGUACUUCGGGCAACGUAUCAUCAUUUCAGAGUACUGCGAUCGCUAAGCAUAUGGGUUUCCGCAUAGUCGGUCCUACGGGUCUUUAGAACAACUUGAGACAACUGCUUGAUAUAUAAAUACUAUAGUUAGGAAAAUUAUUGUCAAUUGUUUCUUUUUUAAGAAUAGCCAAAUAAAAAAAAAUCGAAUUAUAGUAAAUGGAAUUGUAUAAACUUGUGAGAAAUUGUUUGUUUUUGUAGGUAAAUUAGGUAAAUGUGUGGUUUAGACUUGAGAUUAUGGCAUUUAGAGCAUUUACUGUGACAUUUUUUAUGUACUUGAUAUCUAUGUUUUAAAAGUAUUGGGUGUUAUUAAUGUAAAGUUGGUACAUUUCAGCAAUAAAUGACAUUUAGCUAAAUUGUAACUAUAUUCCGUCGACAAUAUUUGCUCAUUUUUUUUCAAGGUCUUAAUUUUAGUAACAUUUUUUAUUUCACUUGACUUGACAUCUGACGUUAUAUAAUAUGUCAUGUCUCGUUUCUACCUCCUGUUACUGGUGACUGGUUACUGGUGAUGGGCUCCUUUUUCCGCACGUCGGCUCCAAGUCGGCCCAUUGUGCGUCAGGUGGCUUUGGGAGGCUGUCAGUCCAGCCAUCCCAACUCCCUCCAGAAGCGCAGAAGUCUCCUGGGACGUUCGCAGGCUUCUGUGACGGAGCUCGGUGUACCGAGGAUCCCUGCCCGGCAUUAACCUCCUGUAUCUUAAAUCUACCUCCUGUAUCUGAAUGGCUGAUGCUCUCCAAUUUCGUGACUAAAACCGCCAUUGGUUGACCAAAAUCAAACAACCACAGCGUUUUGACAGGUGAUAAAUGUUUUGGAGUUGAUCUGUUUUUCAGAUAUUUGAGAUGAUUCUCUUAUAAAAUGUUAUUUACUAAAUGUUACUAAAUAAUAGUAUAUAUGAAUGGUUUUAUGUAUAUUAGUAUUUGUUACGUAAUAAUUUUGUUAUUUUUAUAGAGUGGUAUGUUAUUGAUUAUUUUAUAUGUAUAAAUAGAGUUGUUGUACAAUUUUAUAUGGAAGAUAAUGAAAAGAGAAUAUGGCACAACAGACAGAUCUUAGAUUAAAGCGUGUAAUUUUUUUGUCAUUUGCUAGAGCAUAUAAAAGUAGUUGCUAAAAUUGUAAUAGCAUAGAAAUUAGAUAAUGCUAGUUUGUGCCCUGCGUAUGAACUGAGAACGCUCGUUCAAAGGCCGAUGAUUGAAUUAUGAUUUGAUAGUUGGGCGAGUUUAUUUUAUAAUAAAUAAAUGAAUUAGAGGUUUUGUACUGAGUGUAAUGAAGAGAAAGCUAUCAUAAAUUAAAAAUAAAUCUCAUAAGUUAAAAGAUUUAUCACCAUAAUAUUUUAAGAAGCUAUUUAUAGAAUAAUUUUGUUUUUUGAUGAGUAUGCUAUUGUGCGUAGUUAAAUAUACUGACGUGUUACUAGCUAAAUUAUUAGUACAAUAAAACUUGCCUUUACAACUUUAAUCGACUUUCAUGUUUAAAACAAAUGAAUUAUAUUUGAUCAGAAAACAGCAUUUAUUGUUGGAAUGACAUUUUGUUAAAUGGGGCUCUCUUCAAAUAAGCAAGAGACUCAAUCAAUUAUAAUAUCAAAAAUAUAAACAUUUAUUCAACAAAUGGUUUCUAAUAUCGAUUAUAACCAUACUUUUUUUUCGUUAGCUGGGGGUCUUGGCAUUUUGUCACCCAGUUGUUUUUUUGCAUAUGUACGAAAAAUGAAUCUUAUUAGCGUGAAGUAAAACAGGCCUUAUUUUUUUACAAUUACAACACAAUGUUUUAGUAAAAUAAUGUAAAGGACUGCCUCUGAUCAUAGACUAAGACUUUAAACAAUAAUUGUUAAUGCAUUUGUUAAUAAAUAAAUAUAUAAAUAGACUUGAAUGAACUGUAAUGGUUGUUUCGUUGCUUGCCUUACUAUAAACAUAGCGAAUGUGACUGGUAUUUUAUUUAUUGUUUGUAAUGAUGAAUCGAUUUAUGUGGUUGAAAUAAUAUGCAAUAAAAUUAUGUCGAAAA